GAAUGAAUUUAACCGCCUCCCGCCCGCCAUAGUAAUAUGAUAGGAACAAGGUGGUUCUCUCGUUCUGGGAGGACGUCAUAUGAUGUCCUCCCAUUCUCACCGUGCAUGCGCGGCUCAGUGAGCGCGCAUGCGCGGCGAUCGGCGGUGCGCUGUCCCCCUCGGACACAGCGGAUCACCGAUCCACGGAAAGAGCCGAAGAUGUCGGCUCGGUCAUGUGAUCAGCUGUGUCCAAUCACAGCUGAUCGCGUGUAAAUAGGGAAAUGCUGGUUAUUGGCAUUUCUCCCC